AUGGCUGGCAUUGCGGAACAAUUAAUCGAGAAGCUCGACGCCGUCGAGGCGGCAGCCUUCGAGGACCAGGAUGCUACGCGGCAGCAAUUGGCGUUGGCAGCCCGCAAGCUUUUCCACAAGCUAGAAACGAAGGAAGAAAAGACCAUGCGGCUUGCUAUCGAGGAACCGAUUAUGUUCUCUGUGCUUCAGGCUCUUAUUGACAUUGGUUUGUUUGAGGCCUGGGCCGCUGCUGGCGGCGGCGAGAAGGAUGUGAACGAGUUGGCUAAGAUAAGUAAGAAGGAUAUGGAACCGGAGCUGCUAUGCCACCAACUGCGGCUGUUGGCCGCGAACCACAUCAUCAAAGAAACAGCAAACGAUCGCUAUGCGCCUACACCCUAUUCCCUCGCUGUGGGAGAUAAGAGCUCCCUUGUGGCGCCAGGUCUUCGAAUCAGAACCGACCAUGUCGCAGUAUGUGCUAUGCACUGGCCCGAUUUCCUGGCCAAGACCAAAUACCGCAAGCCGUUGGACGACAAGGCUAGCUGCUACAUUGACGCAUACCCCGAGAAAAAGAGCUUCUUUGAGCGAUGCAGCGCAAACCCCGUACACCAGGAGAGUUUCUCGUCCUUCAUGAACGUGUGGGCUAAGGGAAAGCGACCUUGGCCUCAGUUCUAUGACACCCAAGCGCUGCUCGACGGUGCCGACCUAAACGACGGUAGCCCCUUCGUCGUGGACGUUGGCGGACACCACGGUAUUGACCUUAUGCGCGUGGUCGAGAAGCACCCGGAUCUUCCCGCUGGGUCUCUCGUGCUCGAGGAUCUACCAGAGGUUGUCGGUCCGGUCAAGCUUACCACGGACAAGAUCAGGACUGUGGCGCACGAUCUCUUCCAGGAGGGCGUAGAACAACCUGUUCGAGGAGCCCGAGCAUAUUUCAUGCAUGCCGUCCUGCAUGACUGGUCGGACGAGACAUCCGUUAAAAUCCUCAAGCAAAUUGCCGCCGUUAUGAAGCGUGGUUACUCAAAAGUACUUAUCAACGAUAUUGUAAUCCCUUCCACGGGUGCCAGCUGCUACCAAGCGGCUAUGGAUUGCCUUGUGUUGCAGGCGUCGGCUAAUGAAAGGACUGAGGCUGUGUGGAGCAAAGUGAUCAACGACGCUGGGCUUAAGCUGGUUAAGUAUUGCCCAGAUGGCCGUGGGUAUGAGAGUGUCAUCGAGGCCGAGUUGCCUUAA